GUGCUCGUGGGAUAAAAAUCCAACGCUGCGCCUGCCGCGGCGAGUUGGACUGGCUUGCGUGCGCUGCGGCUGCCGACUGGUCGCCCUGGUCAGGCCUGUAGCAACGGCGACGGCGCCAGAGCGCGGGGCCGGUGUGGGUGCAAGAGGCGCGCUCGGAGCGUUUCCGGUCACCGGCGGCGCGCGCCGAGCGGCGCGGCGGAACGCGUCAGCAACUUAAUUUGUUUGUGUAGUAGCGGAACGGGCGAAGGGCGAUGAGCAUGGCGACCCAGGCGCCGACGUUCGGCCUCGACGGGUCCGAGUUGGACGUCAUGGACGGCCUCUUCUUCAACGAGUUGACUGAUUUACCCGUAGAACCGGCGCACAACCAGACGUUGUUUGCCCAGCCGAAAUCUGAGCCGCCGAUCACGGACGAAGAAUUAAUUGCUUCCUUACCUCUCCCGCACGAGGCGCCGGCGCCGCCGCCGGCGCCGCCGCCGCCUCCAGCGAAGCCGGCAGCUAGAGGUGCGGCGAAGGAUGCGGCGGAUCUGUCCGAGACGCGGAGAGCACGGAACAGAGAGCAUGCUCGCCGUUCUAGGUGUCGGAAGAAACUGAUCAUCGAGUCCUUGCAGCAGUCCUUGACCGCGUAUCAAGCGGAAAACGAGCGGUUGAGACAAUUUGUAAGGGCCAAAUUAGGCGAAGCGGAAGCCGCGCCGCGGCUCGAGUGGUGCGAGGCCCGUUCGAAGGGCGAGGCGACGGACACGGACUUGACGGGCGGCGCGAACGCGCGCAUGAUCAACAAGUACGACUACGGGCUGCUGGAGGCCCUGAAACAUGCUCGUAGAAGCUUCGUGAUCACCGAUCCGACGCUCCCGGACAACCCGAUCGUCUUCGCGAGUGGUGCGCGCGCGGCGUCCGAGUUUUGCGAUCCGCGCGAGGGGCGCCGCGGCGUCGUCGCGGCGCGGCGGUACGCGUCGAUGGCGUCAUGGCCGAGUUUACGAUCCGUCGGAGCGCGAGAGGCGCCGCGGCGCGGUACGCCCGAGAGACGCCGUCGACGCCGCCUCGGCCCCACGAGACGGUCCCACACGCGCACGCCGUCGCCGCGACCCGGAGAGCACGCGUCGGUCUUGGGGUCGCGGCGACGGCGCAUGGGUGGCACCCGACGCCAUCGUUCUCCGAGAGAACACACGCCGUCACCACGAAAAAACACAGGCGGCUUCCUCUCGCUCACGGGCUACAAGCUCGAGCAGGUCUUGGGGAGGAAUUGUCGGUUCCUCCAGGGUCCCAGAACGGACGCGAGGGCCGUAGCCAAAAUCCGGGACGCCAUCAAGUCGGGACGGGACGUGCAGAUCGUGCUGCUGAACUACAAGAUCGACAGCACGACGUUCUGGAACCACUUCUUCAUCGCCGCGCUGCGGGACGACAAGGGGGAUGUGGUCAAUUUCCUGGGCGUCCAGAUCGAGGUGUCCGAGCGGGUCGCCGUGGGCAUCCUCCAGAACGCCGAGGGCAAGGCCAAACAACCGGAGAAGGGCCCGGCCGUGCAGGCGGCGGCGGCGGCGGCGGCGGCGCAGCUGCCGCCGAAGAGCUCGGGCACGAAGCGCGAGCGCGGCGCGUGAUAGCAUAUAGAAUUCCUCCCCCAAUUCCUAAAAAAAACAUCGUCGCUAC